CGGGAGUGGGCGGGGCCGAGCCGGUUGCGCGCGCAGAUGGCACGCGCAGUGGGUCAAUCAAAGAUGGCAGCGGCUAUUUUCCGACCCGCUCUGCGAGACUGGGGGUGCUGCCUCCGGUGGAGCUACGCGCUUCGGCAACUGAGCCAAACCCAGGGGCAUCCUGAUAACCCCAGCUUUGUGGAGUCUGUGGAUGAAUACCAGUUUGUGGAGCGUCUGUUCCCCCCCACCAAAAUCCCAGAGCCACCAAAGCAUAAACAUUAUCCCACUCCCAGUGGCUGGCAGCCUCCCAGAGAUCCCCCUCCCAAAUUGCCCUACUUUGUUCGACGAUCCCGGAUGCAUAACAUCCCUGUCUACAAGGACAUUACACAUGGCAACCGACAGAUGACCGUGAUCCGGAAGGUGGAGGGGAACAUCUGGGCUCUACAGAAGGACGUGGAAGAGUUUCUGAGCCCACAGCUGGGAAGAACACCCAUCACCCAGGUUAAUGAGGUGACAGGGACUCUUCGAAUCAAGGGCUACUUUGAUGAGCAGCUUAAAGCCUGGCUUCUUGAGAAAGGCUUCUGAGAUAUGCUGAUCAGCCUCAUGGCAGUUCCUACACAGACUGGCAUUCAUGGAGGAAGUGGAUUUGGAGUCUCUGGAAUGGGAUUCAAAAGUACCUAAAGAGCUUUGAGAUCAGUCCUUGCUUCAUAAAGAGGAAAAAGACCUUGGUGUUUACGUGUCCACUUGGGGAGAGCUAUUCAAUGUGGGAGUCCACAAGACACAGUCAAGCUAGCGAGAGACAUCAACUGCUGUCUCUUUAAAAACUGUGGUGCAUGGGCUGGAGAGAUGGCUCAGCGGUUAAGAGCACUGACUGCUCUUCCAGAGGUCCUGAGUUCAAUUCCCAGCAACCACAUGGUGGCUCACAACCAUCUGUGAUGAGGUCUGGUGCCCUCUUCUGGCCUACAGGCAGGAUACUGUAUAAAUAAACAAAUCUUAAAAAAAAAAAAAAACAAAAACUGUGGUGCACUUCUUAGGUGAGCCACUCUGGAGACAGCCACCCAACCCUGUUCUGGGGACAUGCAUCCUUCAUUUUCUGGAGCUUUUGCUGUAAGCCAGACUAGUCUUGGUAGCAAAUGUGGAAAACAUACACAGACAACACAGGACAAUGACAUGGACUGCAAUGGACAAGACAGACAAAAGAAUAUCUUAGGUUCUGAGUGUGUAUAAUAGGGUUGGGGACAUCACCCUGCUGUCCUGGAAUCAGCUUUAUAGAAGUUUGAAAACAAGAAAAUGAUGUCUUUUCAUCCUGCUUUCUCAUCUAAUAUCAGCCAUUUGACCAACUUCACCAUUUAAUUGGUUAAGCAGCAUUCAGAUCCUGGCUGCCCUGCUUGACUUCAGACCUAAGGUUCUCCAUGUGGAAGAUGGAUGUCUAGUUCCUCAGUGACCUUGGCAUCCUCAUUCUAGGAGACCACAGAUUAGUCAUGAGUCUACAGGCUGGGCACAGAAAAGGAGCCUCGCCCUAAGUUACAAGCCCCACCAGUCAUUAAUGCAAGUUUUUAUUUGGCUGUAUAUACAAUUUAAGCUAUUAAAAUUUGUACAAUAUUUACAAAUUAAAUAAUCAU